AAAGGGUGGAGCGGCAGCGGCCCGGGCUGCGGCUGGGUUGGGGGCGUGGCCCUGGCCCUGGCCCUGGCCGGCCGCGGCGGCUCCGCCUUGCAGUCGCGCUUGUGUCGGCGGCCGGGGAGUCGGGGCAGCUCGGCGGGGCCGCCUGCGCUCUUCGCUCCCCGCUCCCCGCGUCUCUUCCCCUCUGCGAUUAUGGACUAGGCAGGAACGCGGAGAGGGCAGGCGCGGCGAAGGCGAAGGGCUCCUGUCCUGCCCCUGCCCCUGCCCCGACCCAUCGACGCCGCUUCCCCUUCUCGCUCUGCCGGAGAUGUCCGCCUGGGGCAGCCGCAGGAGAACCGGCUCCUCCUGGCAUAGCAGCUUCUCCAGGUUCUUCACCAAGAGCCCUCCCCGGGCCAAGGAGGAGCAGGAGGAAGGGGACAAGGCGCGCCUCCAGGAGCCGGCCACGCACAGCUUUGCAAGUAAGGAAAAUGAAUCUGUCAGUGUGAAAAGUGAUAAAAAGGAAAGAAUGCUUCUUCCUGAGCUGUUAAAGAUUUCUCAAAAUGCAGAGAAGAACCACUCCAUGGAAGAUCUAAGCAACUCUAUUAUCACCGAGGAAUUAAAAAAGGCUAAUAGCCUUCCCAGUUUGGCUUCUGGCCGCAAAACAGCAGAUCGUGACAGACAACCCAAAGAAGGCUUUUUCCAGUUUCUUGGAAGCUUAUUUAAUAUUGGAUCAAAAUCAUCUUUGGGAGAAUCUAAACAGUCUACCCUCCAAGAUGGACACAAGAGACAUGGAAAGGAUUUUCAGACCCAAACUGCCCUUCAGGAAGAUGGGAUCACAAAGCAUUGUAAAACUGAAAUAUUUGUCAUUUCUACUGCUGGAACAGAAGAGGUAGCAGUGCCUAAAGAACAGCCUGCCUUGGUUAAUAUCAGGGAGGUUGGGUCUCAGGAUUUACAGAGGGGACAGGAACAAGCUGCUGAUGCACUAAUGCACACUGAAUGUAAGCCAGAUGCACCAGCAGUUACUUAUGCAACGUAUCGGGGUUCUGUACGGAUUAAGCAGCUACUAAAGAAACAAGCAGAGGAGGUUCUAAGAAGAGAAGAAAAUACUGAAGGCAAACAUAUCUUCACUGUGACUGGAAAUGGAGAAGUCCAAACUGCUGUCCUUCCAAACUCACCAUCUAAUGUAAGAGUAGAAAUUACAGGACCCCCAUCAAAAGAGAAUCAAAAGGAUCAUGCUAAAGAUGGCAAGGAAAAUAUUAAAGCAAAUCUCUCUGCAGUUAAAAUUGAACUGAAAAAAACUGAUGUUGCUAAGGAUAUCUUAGAUAGCAGUGUACAUGGAACAAUUGAAAACACCUCUGCCUCAUCCACUGAAACAAACUCCAACAGCAAUCACAUUGGAGAACUAGAUUUGUUUGUUUCCUUCAAUCAUGCACCAGUUUCUGAUACACCAGAAGUUAAUAGAACUCGUUUUCUAGACUCAGUAUUGUCAGCCAGAGACAACAGUAGUUCCAAUUACCAGAUUAUGGAUUCUGUUAAAACAAAUUCUGGAAAUAACAGAUUGGCUGAGAAGGGGGUGAGAACGUUAGAAGAAACAGAAGCUCAGUUUCAAUCAGACAAUAAUGCCACUUUUAGCUUUGAUAGAGGAAUAAAUUCUUGUGUUCAAGUAUCUCAUGAAGACUCUAAGGAGACAAUGCAAAAUGAUUGUGAGUGUUCAUCCAAAACAAAGAGAGGGGCAGUUGAUAAAGAAUUACCAUUGAUAGAGGGUGAAUAUGCCUGCAAUAGUCAUAUUGGUAGUCAGUUGGAGCUAAAGUUGGAUGCCCAGAUGUCCCCCUCUGGUAGCACUGUAUUUCCACAUCAGGCAGAUAAGAAUACAGAAAAUGCAAAUAAAGAUAGUGGCCCAAGAAUGGAUGAUUCACAAAAAUAUGUGGUGGCUGAAGAAAGGGAGCAAGAAACACAAAUCUUUCUAGCUAGUGUUCAUUUUCCUUUAAAUCAAGAAAGAUCUACUGAAAAGUUAUCAGAGGCUGUGAAGGACAUACAAUUUUGUGGAGUCAAUAAGUUGAUGAUGAUAGACGGUCUACCCACUUCAGUGCCAUCUGCCAAAACUGUUCAAGAUACUGGCAUGGACAUAGUAAACAGUCCAGGUAUUAAAGAGUUCAAUGAGUCAGGGAAACCAACACACGUCCAAAAGGAUCCCUCAGUAACUCUUGAGGGUGAAUCUAAGCAUAUCAACACAGAGAACACUUCCAUACCUUCCCUUGAAUCUGAGAAUGUUGAAACCACUAAGGUUUCAUCUACGUCUGCAGACGUAAAUGUUGCUGGCACAUCUCCAUCAGCCCUUGAAUGUGGAAGCGUGAAGUCCCACAUGCCGCCUCCUAUCUUACAAUCUGAAGAUGCCUGCCUUAGCAAAGCUAUAACACCUGUCAGUAUCGCCAAGAUUUCUCCUCCAGUCCUUGAAGCUGAAGAUGGUAGCUUGGAUAAUAUUCCUCCUCCUAUCCACAGAUCUGAAGAUGAAACCAUGACCAAAAAAGCAACCAGCUUACAAGAUGUUAAAAAACCCAAUAUUUCUCCCCCUGACCAUGUGAAUGAAAAUAGCAAGCCUCUUAAAUCUGAAGGGAUGACUCUCCCCAACAACGUAGUUCCUGCCAGGGUGCCCAACCUUACUACUCCUUCCCUUAAAACUGGUGAAGUCUUUGUAGCCAAUGUCCGAAUUGCCAAAUUAUCAGUUGCGUCUGACAAGGUCAGUGAAUCUAAAUGUACUUUUCUUGAAGGUGAUACACCUAAGAUAGUGGCUUCUUUCUUGGAAAAUGGAGAUGUCAGUGCACCUACAGUUAUUUCUCCUGUGUUUGAAAAUGCAGAUGUUAGUGUAACUCCGAUUUCACCUUGCUCUGAAGACACCAAUGCUAAGUGUACAUCUUUCCCCCUAAAAUCUGAUGUCAUUUUAGCUGAAAGUGACUGUCCUACUCCUAACUCAGAGGAUGUUUGCAUUCCCAAGCUUGCUUCUCCUACCCUGAGGUCUAAAGAAAUCUCCAAGCUUUUUCCUUCUGCCCUUGAAACUGCAGAUGUCUUGGACAGUAUUAAUCUCCCUAUUAAGUAUAAAGUUGUUAAAGACAAAAUUUCCUCCAAACUUAGAGUUAGUGAUGAGACUGAUUAUAUACCUCCUGCCCAAAAGCUUGAAGAUGCCUGGUUAACCAAAUCCAUAACAUCAACUACCUGUCCUUUGGAACUUGUAGAAGUGAGUUCUAGUGUAGACUAUAGUAAGGAUGUGCACAAAACUCCUUCAGAGCAAGUAAACCCUUGCAACCAUAUUCCUGCAAUGACAAAAAACCGAGCUAAAAUGAAUGAUCACACUGCUUCGUUUACAAAAUCAAGCAAUGUCUGUUCUCAGAAAACAUGGGAAGAUAAGGAAACAGGAAAGCAAGUGCACAUUGAAUCCCAAGACACUGUUCUAUUUAAAAAAGCCGAAGAAAUUGUUGAUGCGGUUUUACGCUUGGCUAUAGAAGAAAUAAGAUCAAAACCAGCAGCUGGUGUCUAUCAGCCUUGUGGCAACAAGGACAGUUUAAUAAAGCUGGAUAUCCUAAAAGAAAAGAAAACUGGAAAGAUACAGUUGGAAGCAAAAGUAAAACAUUUUAAUGAGAGUUAUGCAGGAAGCUCCUCUGAAGUUAAAGAAAAAGAAACAGUUGCUACAAAUACUCAGGCUGAAAAGAUACCAUUUAACAUCACUCAUAAAACUGACCUACAUAGUUCACUAGCUCUAGAAACAAAAGAAAUAAUUGAUGAAGUUAUUAACUCAGCCAAACAAAAACUGAUGUUUAAUCAGCUUGAAAACAGUGAGAGUAGGAACCUUUCCAAAAAUUUUGUGCUUAAACAUAAGACUGGAUUCUCAAAGACUCUAAACACUGAUGUUCAAUUAGUUGCCAAAACUCAAGAAAUAAUCAAAGAACCCUUGGGUUUAAACCAAAUAGGGAAGGAAUUAACCCAAAAUGUUGCUAGGGACUGUGAAAAAGCAGGCUGUUCAGUUCCUUUACUUCUAAAUAGUGUAGAAGGCAGCAUAGAUUUGACCAUAAGAGGAGAAACGGUACCAAAUAAUGUACUUUCACCUCAAAGAAAUGGACUUCUACAUUCUGAUGUUUUAGCAAGUCUGGAAUCUGACCUUGCAAUAAUAGCAAAAGAUGGAUGCUCUAAAACUGUCUAUGAUAGUACAGUUAUGACAGAAAUCAGUGAUAAAUCUAGCAUUUGGACAGCUAGCAAUAAAUCUGAGGAGACUUUACAUGUAUUAAAUGGAGAUAUUGUUAUGAUUGAAGAGAGGAUGCCACCAUUACAGUUAAAAGAUUUGUGCAAUAAUACAAAUAUGCCAGAACAUAUAUCCAUGCCAACCUUGACUUUUAAUUCAUCACCUUUCCUUCAUGAUGAAGAAUAUACCUGCAUACCUAGCAAAACCAAAAAUGAAAGUAGUCUUUCAGGUUUAGACAAAAGUUGUGCAGGUAAAUGUCCGCCAGAACUUUGUGGCAAGGAGGAGGUUUUUGUGUUUGUACAGGAAAAAGCAAACCCCAAAGAUUCACAAGCCAACAGUGAAGAAGGUAGUGGAAAAACAGAAGCAAAUGAAAUACCGCAGGAUAAAAACAGAUUAAACACACAGUUCAUUAUGUCUGAAUCUUCUGAAACUGUUAAGGACGUUGAAGGGAAAAUUUGUUUCUGCUCAGAUUUUGCCAAUAAAGAUGAGACACUGAAAUCAACACUGAUGAUGGAUCAAGAUUUACAAAGAGAUAAUGCACUUGGAGAAAAGAGUCUGAACAAUAAUAAUGAUAUAGAAGAACUGACAAAUCUCUUAGCCUUUUCUCCACAAGGUGAACAGUGGGAAAGCAAUUCUUUAUUUACUGUAUUGUAUGAAGGCUCUCCUCAAGAUGAGAACCAGUUCAUUUCAACUGACAAAAAGCAAGCUCACUCAGUCUCUCCUCCUGACCUGUCUCUGGAUAAUAUUGAACAUCUUUUGAUGUGUGAAACAGCAAAGAGCAAAUAUGAGCCUGUCAAUACUUAUGAAAAAGACAAUAAAUUAAAUGAAACAUUAGAUAACUGCAGCUCAGAGUCAUUUAUGACAGUGGAGGCUAAGCGGUUUAAAAUUUACCCGUUCGCUUUGUCUCCUAUAUAUGAAGAUGACAGCCCACAAGAAGACCAGCUGUCUAUUGAUGUCUCACCAGAAGGCCAUUCUACUGGAAAAUCCAAAGACAAUGCCAACCACUCCUCAUCAGUCUUGUCACUUCUCCAGUCAGUUUCUGAGCGUUUGAAAUUUAAUAACCAGUUCAGUGAGGAGGAUGAGGAGGAAUUUUAUGAAGAAAACAUGGUGGAUGUUCAGAAAGAAGACGGUAUUACCAGCGAGUGGGCAGGCAGCUCCAACAUGGUGCUCCUAGAAGAUGACCAAGAAAGGGCUCCACUUUCCAAACAGUCACUCAUAUAUUCAAAAGAACCGCUUAGCCCUAAAAAGCAAUCAGAACCAUUUCCAGAAGAAGCAUGUCUUUUUCCUAAUCUGACACAGUUUCAACAGAAAGCUGAUGCUGCCAUGAAACCUCUCUCUAGGAGUGUGUAUUACCAGUAUUUUCAGACAGCCAGCAAUUAUUCGUGUGAGAAGGGAGUCAGAUUUGGAAAUGUCCUUCAGGAUGGAUUAUUGCCAAGGGAUCAUAAGCCUCAAGACAACAAUUGGCCAGAAUCAGGAGCUUUUCCAGUAAAUCUUAUCGACAGGAAAAGCCUCAAAUGCAAUCCAAGACCAGGAAAAAUGUUUGUUUAUGACAUUCAUGGGGAGAAAAGUAAACGAGAAAUAUACCAUGAUCUAUCAGAUGCCACAUCCUGGAUCUUUCCAAUAGGAACAUUGCUGAGAGUUGUUAGAGGAUGCUGGAUUUUAUAUGAAAAACCAAAAUUCCAAGGAGAGAAAUAUGUGCUAGAAGAAGGAGAAAUGGUCCUGAAUCGUCUUUGGGAUCUUCGGGACAUGAAACACCAUCCAAGGAACCUUGCAGUUGGUUCUAUCAAACACGUAACAAAGGAUUGCAGCAUUCCAGAAAUAGAGUUUUGCCCACAAGCUGGCACAGAGGGGUUUCCUGUCUGCAUACAGAGUGCAGUUGCCAAUUUAGAAGAACUGGAUGUUGAAAGCACCUUUUACAUAAUUGUCAAGUCAGGAGUAUGGCUUGCCUAUUCAGACCUUAAUUACAAAGGAGAGAUGAUCGUUUUGGAAGAAGGCAACUCACCAUCUGAAAUUUCUGCAGCAGAUGUGAAAUCUCUGCGUCCCCUAAAAAUGGGUGGACUAAAGGUACAAAUGCCUAUGAAUGUUAAGAUAUUAAUAUAUGAGAGAAAACAUUUUGGAGGAUGGGCCAAAGAGCUUUCUGGAAACAUUGAUGCUGUCGCAGCACUCUUUAGAAGUGAUGAGGAUUUCCAGGGAAUUGGAUCAAUACGUGUCAUUGGUGGAGUAUGGGUUGCCUAUGAAAAGGAACAAUAUAAAGGCCGUCAGUACCUGCUGGAGGAGGGAGAUUAUGAAGAUGUGCACUCAUAUGGGGGAAUUAGCAGUGCCCUGUUGUCUUUUCGGUUCCUACAGGCUGAUUUCAUUGAGUCAUCAAUCAUGCUUUUUGAGUCAGAUGAAGAUGGUAAGGUCAUGGUCAAUCAAGAUAUUCCUGAUUUGGAGCAGGCUGGGUUUGGCCAGGAGAUGAGAUCAAUUCAUGUGAAAAGUGGAGUGUGGGUUGCAUAUCAGCAGAAAUAUUUCUGUGGAGAACAAUAUAUACUGGAAAAAGGAAAAUAUAAAUGCUUUUUAGACUGGGGAGGAUCCAGUGAAACCAUCAUGUCAAUUCGUCCCAUUAAGUUGGAACCACUUGGAAAGAAUGAGCCUCCACAUUUACUCAAAGCUUUCAGUAACACACAUUUCCAAGGAGCAUGUGUAGAUUUCACAGCAGAAGUUUCUGAUUUUACAUCAUUCAUACCAUGUUCUUUUAAGGUUCUUCGGGGAUGUUGGCUCCUGUUUUACCAAGGGGAAAUUGCUGAUAAUCAUUGUGUGCUGGAAGAAGGCCUCUACACUGACCUCACUUCCUGUGGCUGUCCAACAGUUACACUCAAAUCCUUCAAGCCUGUGGAAUAUGUUUUUGCUGAGCCUUCCAUCAGUCUGUUUGCACUGGAAUGUUGUGAGGGCAGAGAGUUGCACUUCAGAGAAGCUGUCAGUUCUGUUCUGAACAAGGACCUUCACUUUUACACCCAGUCCGUAUGGGUGAGAAGCGGUUUGUGGAUUGCAUAUGAAGGAGGAAAUUUCUCAGGAAAACAAAUUCUGCUAGAACCCAGCAAGAUUUCAAACUGGACUGAAUUAAGUGGCUGGAGCGUAAUUGGCUCCCUUCGUCCUAUGAAGCAGCCGGCAGUUUACUUCAGAAUAAAGAACCGAGCCCAGGAUAAAUACUUGACAGUCACUGGAAACCUAUCGGAUGCAAGAGCUACUUCAGUGUGUGUUUCUCCAUACAAUGGCAAGAAUACCCAGAUCUGGCACUACUGUCACGGACUCUUCAAAUCCAAGGCUAUUGCUGCAUGUCUCGAUAUUGUCAGUGGCAGAGACCUACCUGGAGCUAAAGUAGCACUGUGGACAGAACAUGGAAAGGCUAGGCAGAAGUGGAGGCUCAAUAAGGAUGGAACCAUCAGUUCGUACCUUAGUGAUCAACUGGUUCUCGAUAUCAAAGGAGGAAAUUAUUAUGACAGGAACUAUGUAAUUGUAAAUCAGCCCCUGGAGAGUGAAUUCUCACAGAAAUGGGACAUUGAAAUAUUGUGAGUAAAACCACUACAAAGAUCCUGGGAAUAUGGACCUAAGUGGGUUAUGAACACUGUGUUUGAGAGAAGGAACUACUGAAGUCACAUGCCACUAAAGUCACAUGGAAUGUUACUCAGCAAGUCCACUCUACUUACUCCCAAACAACUGAAUUUUGCACAUUGGAGAGGUGAGGUUAAUGUAAUGGGGGUUUUUUUCCUAAUAUUCACAUGACUCCAUGUUGAGGUCUUCCUCUUCUUAAGGCACCAUUUAAGCCUAUAUUUCUGUAACAAUUACUAGUCCUGUUAAUCUUUAAGUGAAGGCACAGAUAUGAUACAGUAGCAAAAACUUGGCAGUUUAUUUCUAAAUAGCCUUUCCUGGGUCACCCGUUAGGAAAGACAAGUUCAUAUUAUACCCUUUCUCCUCAAAAGUUAAAGGAAAAGCUGGUGAUUUAGAAUCCAGUUUUAAUCACAAAAAUCAUCUCUUGGUACAAAGUCUGUUCUAAAAAAAGGACUAGCCUGGAAGUCCAGUGCUUGAUUGCAUCAGAUAUAAUGACUGAUCAUUGUCCACGUGGGUUAAAUUAGGGCCUUGUCUUAAGUAGUAUUGCAUUAAACCAUAACAGUUUUUGGAUUCAGCGGCCUAUCAGUUGCCAGCUCAUGAGCCAGGGUAGAAAGUAGACUUUCAUAUGCAGGUAGAGAGUCAUAUCUGCAAAUAUAUACUGGAUCAGGCUAGCUUUCUAAAAGGACUUGCUGAGGAUAGAGGUUAAAUUAAUGCAAUACAUUUUGGUCUUUAAACCACAGUAUAUUCAAUAGCACACAUACAAGAUGGAUUUGUUUUGUAAAGGUGCUAACUAAUACCUUGUGCUGCGGCAAGGUUAAAGAAGCAACCUGCUGCAUGCUAACUUUCUUGAGGCUCAUCAGCAUUGUGUACCUCUGCUACAGACCUGAACAUGCUGGUGACUUCCAGAAGCACAAUUUUCAGUGAAAUCACAAUGCUAUGCAACCUUUCUUUCAGUUAAUCAAGUGUUGACUAUUUAUGUCAGGCAGAUUGUAUUAAGAGGGCUCCAUGGUUUUCGGUUUAUUCUUUUACCCAUUGGAGAAAAGUGUUUAAAAUGUCCUUUAUGAAGUUUCCCCAGAAUUAGUGUCUUCCUAAAUGCAGUUCAAUAUGUAGUGCUUUCUAAGUGAGGUAUGUUCUCUGGCUCCUGUGUUUUUUGUCUUGAUUAUUAAACUAUGAAACGAGGAGUACAGAUUAGCUAAACCAAAAUGUGAACGAUUGUAUUGUUUUCUAUAGCUAUUUUGGAAUAGCUAUAGGAAAUGUUAAUGUCUCAUCCUAAAACCAAAUUUUUGCCACAGAAAAGUGAAACAGGCGUAAGACUAUUUUUGUAUGAGAGGGAGUGAUAUAUUUUGAAUACCUGUACCUACUUGCACUUAUUUACUUUUACAUUCUAAAAGGCUAAAGUCAAAUACAG